AUGUCAAACGGGGGUGCAUCAGAGGAACCAACCACUGUGGUUGAACCUAAUGAAUUUGAAAAAUAUAAUGAUAAUAUUGAUAUUAAUUCCAUACCAAUUUACACACGAUCACAAUUAAGUUUAUAUAAUGGACAAGAUAAGAGUCAAUUAUACGUUGGGAUUAGAGGUUAUAUAUAUGAUGUUACUGAGAAUUCAAAGAGUUAUGGACCAGGUAAAUCAUAUCAUAAAUUAGUGGGGAAAGAUGUCAGUAGAUUAUUAGGAUUAAAUCGAUUAAUUCCUACUGGAGCUGAUAAUAUAGAUAAUCAGAGUAGUAAUAAUCAUAAUCUUCAAGAUACAACUUGGUAUACUGGAGAUUUUAAUGAAAAGGAGAAUGAAAUCGUUGAUAAAUGGAUUAUAUUUUUCAGAAAAAGAUAUAGAAUUGUUGGAGUUGUAGUUGAUCAUGAGACUGGAACUCAUGCUGUUGUUUAG